UGGGAAUGCUGCCUCUCCCCUCGAUCUCUUGUGCGUGUCUGUACGACCAAACGUUCGAACCGUCUGGUUCAGUCGCUGCCUUUAUAAUCGCAACCUGCAGUCAAGUCAACGAUCGGUGUUCUUUGUGAUCACCCAGAGGAGUGUAGAACGCUCAAAGUAACUGCUGUAGGAGAACAAACGGCUUCAAAAUGAAUCCCCAAUGUGCGAAGUGCGCUAAGACCGUCUACCCAGUAGAGAAGUUGAACUGCUUAGACAAGAUUUGGCACAAGAAAUGCUUCACAUGCCAAAUUUGCAAUAUGACUUUGAAUAUGAAGACUUACAAAGGCUACAAUAAAUAUCCCUACUGCAAUGCACAUUACCCUACUACUAAACCUACAACUGUUGCUGACACUCCUGAAAACCUCCGCUUAAGAAUUCAAUCACAAAAUCAGAGCAAUGUCACAUACAAAAAAGGUUACGAAGAAUCCAAAGGACACUAUACGGCUGUGACAGAUGACCCAGAAGUGAUCAGAGCCAAACAGAACAUGAACAUUGUCAGCCAAGUCAAGUAUACUGGGGGUACUGCCGAGAUGAGACUAGGGACAUCUGAUCGUGGAGCUGAGGGAGUUGUUGAGGGUGUGAACCCCCACCAGCCUGGGUAUGAAGAAAGGGUGCAACACCAGCCAAAACACCACGUUCCUGAACAACGCCAGAUGCAAACCCAUAUGCAACCUCCUCCUGCUCAGCCACCAUCACGACCAGCAGCGCCGCGUUACGUUGCCCAGUAUGACUACACUGCCGCAGAUGAUGACGAGGUCAGCUUCGUCGAGGGUGACAUAAUCCAAGAUGUGAAUAUUAUAGAUGAUGGAUGGGUGGAGGGACGUGUCUCAAGAACCGGACAAUUUGGCAUGAUCCCUGCAAACUAUUUGGAGCUGCAAUAGACUUUCUGGACACCCUAAGAGCAGGCCCCUUACAAUCCCUCCCCUAAAUUUCGUAUUGCAAAAUUAUGUAGCUCUUCGCCCAACUUAAUGCUAUUGUAAGUUAUAUAUGAGAAAAAGACUUGUUUCAUUAACUGAUGUAACUUAAUUACUGUAGAUUGAGUGAACGAAUUCAAAAUAAUUUAUCUCAUUCGACUGACUAAAAGGGACUCGAUUGAUUGGAACAUUUAAUAAAACUUGGCACUCAUUUGGGCUCCCUCAUUUUUUGCUGCCUCUAGUACUAGGCGGAGACCCUAAAACGCGUACAACUCAACCAUUAAUCCCUCCGAGAAGCAUCGAGUGCGACAGAGUAGCUAAACACAUGUUAGGCUAGUGGAAAUUGGUAUAUAUAUCAGAUUGAAAUUAUCAGAAGUGCCAGAGUACCGUUAUCUGUUUGUGUGAAGUCAUUAUUAAAAAGUAAUCUGUUAUUAUAAAUACUGCAAAAGACAAUUUUCAGAUGACCUAUCAUUAUUUUCGUUGUUCUAGAAAUCUGUAGUGUAAACGGUGAGAGCUAUUUUCAAUAAAAUAUUUGAAACUUA